CAUACCGGCCAUUUGUGGAACUAUUUUUGUCGGUUCAUUGAUAGUGUUUACCGUUGUUGCAAUUAAUACUCGGUGACAAAAACUGUGCUUUUUGUGUAGACAUUUUGCUAGCAAUUUUGGAAUAUUCAGUUGACUGCGAUGAGUGAGAAGAAGUGGACGGUAGUGGGUGUAUCUGGGGUUACUUGUGGUGGAAAGACUACGUUUGCUGCGGCACUCCGAGCUGAGUUUCCAGACGCAACUGUAGUUAGUCAGGACGACUAUUUCUUGCCGCCCGACGACCCAAGACACACGCACCUUCCAGAACUGAACCACAUCAACUGGGAGAUCGCCACUGCGUUGGAUAUGGAUAGGAUGGUCAGCGAUAUACGAGAGAUUUUGACCAGAAAUCCCGGAGACGCACUUCUCAUUCUCGAAGGCUAUCUUAUCUUCACCGAUCCGUUCUUAUCUUCGCUGUGCGACCUCAAGUAUUUCUUCACAAUCUCGCCAGAAGAAUGUCGCAAACGGAGAGCCGAAAGGGCCAAAGAACCUCCUGAUCCCUCUUGGGCUUCUCUUUGGCACGACAAACCUGGAUAUUUUGAAAACGUUUUGUGGCCCGAGUAUGAACGCAAUUUGCAAGUGGCUUUGAACAUCAAUAGUGACUUGAAAUUCAUCGACGGGACAAGAACUACACAAUCCGUUGUGAACAAAGUGGCUGAAGAUGUGCAACAAGUGAUCAUGAAGAAGGCCUAUGUCCGAGGUUAAGCUGCCGCUCCUUAUAAUCGAAGGGUUCCUCAUCUUCACCGACCGCUACAUCUCGUCCAUCUGUCAACACCAGCUGUUCUUCCAGCUGACUAGGGAAGAGUGUUGGGCUCG